UCUUCCGCUGCGGUGCGGAUGUAGCAGCUGACCGGCUGACUGCGAUUAAAAAUGUACUCUCACGCUUCAGAGAGUUUAAUUAAACAAGCGAGGGAGAUUCAGGAGUCUGAGCUGCUGAAGUUUUACAGCCGACUUGCGAAGCUGUUUCAGGUUAAGGAGCUCAGCCAUGAGACGCUGGACUCCCUGCAGAGGCUGCACCUCAUCCUGUCCGCUAAUAAGUUCACCAGAAAGCUGCCCUCAGAUCUGCAGCAGAGGCUCCUGUUGCUCCUCUCCUCCCCAGCAGAGCAGCUUCAGGUGCUUAGCUCUGCCGUGCUCAGGGAGACACUGCCAUCUUCUGGCGAAGAGCUGAACAGCAUCCAGGAAAACAUCAGUCAGCUGAACACUCACACUGCAUCUCUACUCAUCUCACAGGCCGGGUCCAAGGCAGAGCUGUCCAGUCUCUGUGCACGGCUGGUUCAUGGUCUGGAAGGCAGGCCGUCAGAAGGGACAGCUCGCUCGCUCAUGUUCACCCUGCCGGCUCUCAAGAGCAUUGUGACCCUGAGCCCAGAGUGCCUCACAGAGGAACAUGUAACCAUCCUGAGUCAGAGGAUCAUCGACUGGCUGCGUUAUGCAAGCAUUGUACAGGGAGGAGGAGCCUCUUCUGGGGGAUUCUUCACAGGACCCCGAUCCCGUCAGCCUUUGCCCACAGCAGAGCUGGACGGCUCUGUGUCGGGGGACUUCUUCACUGUGCUCUGUGUGGGACAGGGGUUCACAGAGGACCAAUGGAUGAACGUCUACUCGUUUUCCAUGCUGCGCCGCUGGCUGCUCACCUACCACUCUGGUUCUAGCAGCACAGUAGACGCUGCAAACAGGCUACAGCUCAGCCUCUCCCACUCCUACGAUGAUCGAUCUGAGGUGGAUGGAUCAGUGGUUUCCAUGGUUUCGGCAACUUCCUCCUCCAGUCGGCUUCUUCCUCCAAAGGAGCGUCUGAGAGAGAAAGCCUUCCAGUACUGCCAGCGUCUGAUCGAGCAGUGCGAUCGCAAGGCGCAGAAGAAGGCCGACACAGAGCUGCAGAAAGCGUGCAUGGCGGAGGCGGUGUGCAUCCUGGACUGCGUGUGCAUUGAGGAGCCCUCCUUGGUCUUCCGUGCGUUCCCGUCCAUAAAGGCCCUGUUUGGUCGGCUGAGCUCGGAUCUGUCGUUCGCCAGGGUGCUGCUGCCCGUAGCGCAGUUCUACCUCAACCACGGUGAGCUGGCAGCUGUGGACUGUGAGAGUGUGUGGAAGUUGGUCUUUGGCCGCUUUCCUGCAGAACUCUUCAGUGACCCUUUCCUAUCCCACGAACUGCUGCGCUUCCUCCGCCUGAACCUGGAGAACCUGCAGCUCAGAGUUCCCGAGUUUAUCCGCUUCUUCCCAAACCUUCUGAAGUUUUUAGCGUGGGACAGCACUGCAGCUGUGGAGGAUUUUGUGGAUCUGCUGCCCUCCCUGGUUACUGAAGGUACUGCAGUGGAGAUGCUUCAUACGCUACUGGAUCUACCAUGCCUUUCAGCCACGCUGGUCCUGCAGCUCAGGUCCAUGUCUCUGCCCAUCUCUGAACCGAGCAGCCGAGGCUUGAUGUCGCUUGACGCGUUUCGAAACCCCGCCUUCAGAGGGCUUUUCCUCUUUCUGCUACGAGUGGAGAGCGGCUCAGGUCACACAAUAGACCGCUUGAGCACGCUCCACGAUCUGCUGGCGGAGGCAGCCAACUGGCCCAGAGUCGUCCGCUGUGCCCAGGCGGUUCCACUGCUGCUGCACAUUUAUUUCAACACAGUCGUUACGGUGGCGGAUGAGAAGCUGUUAGCUCAUCUGGUUCUGGUGAUGCUGGAGAGGAGCAGCCUGCUCAUCAACAUCCCCUCCUUCCACAAAGAUGUACACAGGGUGUUUAGUAGCCACCUACUGAAGCUGUGCAAGCUCCGCCCCUCUCUGGUUGUGGACCAAUCGCACGAGCUGCUGGAGUUUGCAGGGACCACAGCCAACGUCUACAGCAAGGAAGAAGUUUACACUCAUGUGGUCUGGGUUUUAGGAGAGUACCUGUCAGCGUCGUCUGACUCCCGUUGCUCAGUGACACUCAUCACUUCCUGCUUUGAAACCUUGGAGGCGGUACUGUUUGAGAUAACCUCGUCCGCCCCACCCCCUGGAACUUUGUGCCCCGCCCCUAAGGUCAUCACCACUUUGAUGAGCGCGCUGGCUAAGCUGGCGUCACGAUCACAUGACCUCAUUCCAAGGGUGUCUCUUUUCUUCUCCAAACUAAGAACCGUAGCCAGAAGCGGGCUGGUCCCCUGGUGCACCGAUGAAGAUGACCUCAUUGCCAUAGUGACGCGUGGGGAGGAGCUAUGGUCUCUGCUAAAAGCCCCCGGUGUGGCUCAGAGUGUCCUGACCCCGCCUCCUCACAUCAUCACGCCACGGUGGCACAGGGACACAAACCUGGCCCUGCCGCUGCAGCUACGGGUCCUCACUAGGCUCACGCACUCACAGUGACGCACACUCAUCCAUCCUGCUGUGGUACUUUGGAAGCUUCUGGAAAUCCAUUCCAUCUUUGCACCUUUUUUGUAAAUAAAUGAGAUGAAUGACUUGAAAUGUAAUAAUUUGAUGUUGAAAUAAUAAAUCAUA